AUGUCCAGCAUCCUUGUUCAUGUGCCCAUGGUAUCGUCCAAGUUACUCGCUAAGCUUGCCCUGUCCAUCCCUGCCUGCUUGUUGGUGAUCAUCCUCGUCAAGCCUCGGCUGUUGCUUGCCCUUCUAGUCACUACAAAGUCUCCCAUUCAAACCACAACGCUCAAUGCUACCGUACUGGGCAACCUUUGGAACGCUGCUCUAGCGUCAAUUGCACAAUUGUCGAUGGAUUUAAUCCAGAUUCCAGUGUUUGUAGAGGGCCUUUUUUCUUCUUCGAAAUCAAAGCGACUCAAAGCCCAAAAGAAUCGGGGAAGAAAAGGUUCCAUCCAUAGUUCCACAAGUCUCUCGAAGAAGCAACAUUCUGGCAGCUUCAAGAUGGUCCAUGAUCUUCCAUACGACGUAUUACUUCCUGUCUUUGGGCUCGACACCAAAAUCAUUAAUGUACAUCCCGCUCCUCGCGAGUGUUGGAACUCGUUUCUUACUCGCUUGGAAAAUUCGGGCAACAAUGAAUACAAAGAGACAGCAGCGUAUCUCCGCAUCUACUUCAAGUUACUGGCGUAUCCUACAAGCCGCCCGGCCAUGCGGGAGAAUAAUUACUCCGGCACUGAGUUGGAUAUGAAACUCGCGGUGAUCAUGUUCUUUGAGAACUUUGGUAUUCAUCCAACUGGCCCCGGGGUCGAACCUCUCCGGCAGAGUGUUGAUGACUAUAUGCGCAAGCUUAGCGGCACGAUCCCGCCUAGAGACAGGACUCUUCACCAGAGAGUCAAGGGCUCAAACCAUCACAGAGUUCACAAUCGCCAAUGA